AGUCACGAUGAGCCAGUUCCUUCCUGCCUUUACCACCAAAUGACCAACGGACACGUCUCAGUCACAGCAAGCCACAGUGUUUCUCGCCGCCCUGCUUUCCCUGCAAUCUGUGAUGACACUGGUGCAGCCAAAGCGAUCUGUGUCACACUGCUCAGCGGCAUUUUCAUUCAAUACUUACCCUGCGCUAGGGAGAUACAGCCAUGCCAGGUCGUAAGCCAUACCUUCAAGUAAUCGACGGUGUGCCGAGGUGCCCACUGGUCAAUCCGGCUGUAUUUCUAAAAAGUCUCUCUUUCCGCGCUGCCAAGGGUGACGUCAUGCAGAGCACAUAUCCUAAAAGUGGGUCCCAUUGGAUUCAGUACCUAACGCAGUUAAUACUGAACGGAGGAAAACCCAUCAGCUCCUACGACGAGUUCACCCGCAACUUCCGAGCAAUAGAGUAUAUAGAUACUGAUGGCUGGGAGUCGCCUCUACCCGUGAGGCUGUUCAUGACGCACCACCCGCUCAGCCGUGAGACUAUGAACAAGGAGGCCAAGUACAUCUACAUCGCUCGAAACCCAUGGGACGUCUGCGUCUCGCAGUUUCGCAUGACCACAGACAUCAGCAGCUCCCAAUUCGAGGACGGCACAUUCGAAGAGUUCUUCAAACCUUUCAUCCAGGGAAGCUUGGGCUUUGGGAGCUACUUUGACCAUGUGGCGUCAGCGUACGCUAUCAAAGAAGAACCAAACUUCUUGUUCAUAACUUACGAAGAGCUCAAGAAGGACAUCAAAGGCACAGUAUUGAGGUUGGCUAGGUUUUUGGAUGAGAGAUACGAGAGGGCUCUGCUGCAAAACUCGCAAAUGCUACAGAAUAUUCUUGAAUGGUCCAAACCAGAACACAUGAGGAAAGUCAUCGUGUUCAAUCUCUGUGAGAACGAGACGCAUGAAUCGAACGAUCUCUUUGUUAAGAAUAAGAUUACCAGCAAGGAAGGCUACGGGGGAGAAAACACAAAGUACGCACUGGUAAAAGAAGCCAAAGUUGGAGGCUGGAAAAAAUACUUCACUCCUGAACAGCUCGCUCGUUUCGAGAAGAAAGUACAAGAUGAAGGGAAUAACGCAUCGUUUAUGGAGCUGUGGAAAGACAUCAGAAAGGAGGCGUUCACGUUAUCCUGCAGGUCUGCGGAGUACCACAACUCUUCCGUAUCUUAA